AUGGUCUCCUUCUGGCCCUGGAGGCGUGACGACUCCUCCCCCGCCUCCUUUGAGAAGACGCUCUCUGCGCUGUCUACCAAGAUCACAGAUACCCAGGCGAGACUCGAUGGCGCGCGAGCCACCUCCCGUCGCAUCAGAGUGCUCUGGUCCCUCUACCUCGCCUUUGCCUACCUCGUCUACUCCAUCGUCAUCUUCCUCGUGGUAGGAUGGAACGACAUGGGCGCCUCGGAAUGGACCGGCGUCGCUGGAGGCCCCCUCCUCAUCUACCUCACGCGAACCACUGUCACGGCCGUGUUCAACUAUCGCAUCGAUUCUCUCGCCGCUCGCCUCAAGGAGCAGCAGGCGGACCGCGCAAAGACGAUCCAGAAGCUCAAGGACGCCACAAAGUACAACUCUACCCUGGAGCUCCUCGAAAAGUACGGAGGCGACGAAGGCAAGGGCAAGGGCAAGAAGCAGAAUGCAGGGGAAGACGACAAGAAGCCGCGCCAGCAGCAGCAGCAGCAGGGCGGCAGGCAACAUGAAGGCGUCGCACCAGGCGGCCGUACCAACAUGGCACCCCCUCCCACCGCCAACAUCCAACGCCGCGACGGACCCCCUCCUGGCUUCCAAGCAGGACGUCCCCCGCAGCAGCCGCCCAACGGCCUCGAGCCUACCGAAGAAUUCGCGCCAAACGCCUACGCCCACCCGCCUCCGCCGCCCCCACAAUCGCAGCAAUUCGCGCAAGCCGAGGGACUGCCGGGCUCUUCGCACUGGUACGACCGCAUCAUGGACCUGCUUCUCGGCGAGGACGAGACGGCGUCCAAGAACAGGAUCGCCCUCAUUUGCAAAACUUGCAGGCUGGUCAACGGGCAGGCCCCACCGGGCACAAAGGCCCUCUCAGAUAUCGGCACGUGGAAGUGCAUGGGCUGCGGGGCCACGAACGGCGAGAUGGAGGAGGGAAAACGCAUCAUGCAGGAGGUCCUCGGCUCGUCGCGGGGAGUUGAUGUUCCCACGGGCGAGGAGUUUAAGGAGUCUGAUGAGGAUGUUCCUAUUAAGGAGGAGGAGGAUUCUGAUGAGCAAUCUGCCGGCGCGAAGACGGCGGGACGACAGGGUGGGUCGGCAGCGGUGAAGAAGAGGAAGGGCAAGGGUGGCAAGUGA